AUGUCUAACUCCGCUAGGCAAUGGUCAUUCCGCUCAAGAGCUAUGUUUAUGGUUAUAUGUGGUAGUAGUUGUGUCACUGCUACCACCACUACGAAGCUGAGCGAUGUCGCCUGCAAUAGUAUGCACGCACGAGCGAGCGGUUUGAAUUUGGUCUGCUGUAGUGUCCAGCAUCCUGUGAUAGAUAGCUGUGAAUACUCUUCACUGUGUAAUGCAGAACAUUGUGAAUGUCAUCUGAAUGUGGGCAGCGAACUCAGCUGCGAUCCGAUAGAGGCUGAGGAUUCUACGGAUUUCGAAUGGCGUGACCACUAUCAACAUCGUGAAUCGAUCAGCUGCUCCAGUUUGAAUCUACCGAAUAAAGGACAUCCAUAUAAAGUCACUAUCCAGCAUUGGAACGAAACGUUAACUCCUAGCCUAAUAAUGGGCCUUAUGGAUACAAAUGUCACUGAGUUAAGAAUUUACGACAUCGAUGAGACUAUGUCGCUAAUCGAUCUCGCCAAAUAUCUACCGUAUUUAAAAUCGCUUGAAAUCAACACAAGGCGACGACAUUUUAUCGAUGUAUUCAACACGUUUCGUCAUCUUAAAUUACUUGAAAAUCUUCGCAUUGUUAACGUUGACGUGGAAUUUUCACGGACGAUUCCUCCAUGGAUUCACAGUAUUAAACAAAUUCACAUAGAGAAUUCCACGCUUCGUGAGCUACCUAUUUGGUUGGCGAUGAGUAACAAACUUAACACGCUUACAGUUAAAACAAAAUUAUCCGGAAAUGCGAUGAAGGAUCUUGGAAAACAUGUCUUUCUUAGCAAAGAUAUUUAUGACAUCGAUUUGAGCCGAAAUAUGAAACUAGAACCUGGACACUUCGUCGGACUCACAUCGUUGAAGUCGCUGACACUCUCCUAUUCACCACUACGUUUCAUACAUCCAUUUGCAUUUCUUCCCCUGAAAUCACUUAAGUCGCUUGAUCUCGAGGCUACAAAUAUUACCACCAUCCCAUCGGCUAUUAUCCAGAAUUGUGGGCUCACUCUCUUGAACGUUGCUCAUAACAUGCUCCAUGGACAAUCCUCACUCCAGCCCGAAGUCGUCGCAAUGCUAUCCGGUCUAUCGCAGCUUAAAAUGGACGGGAAUCCCCUGAGCGAAUUCCCACCAUCCCUGUUCCUACUCUCAACGGAUAAUUUUCGUCUGAUACGACAAAUAUUUCAAACGAUGACUUCGCUGCCGCUGUGGACUGAAGAGCCAUGCACGCCGUAUUAUUGGGCAAUGCAUCUACGGAACAGAUCGUCUACGUUCCGCCAUCUUGUACUGGCAUGGAGUGAAGAACGAAUGGAACGUGAAGGUCUUUCUUAUUGUCGUGAACAAUACGAAUGGAUGAUUGAGGAUUUGGAAAUAUACCGUGAUUUUGAGAAGAGUAGCGGUUGCUCAGCAAAUCGACGGUUCCGUUCAGCAGCACUGGCCACAAAUUCGCUUGCGCCAUGUGGAACAAAUUCAUCGAACAUCACUUUACGUAGGAAACAGAUAAAAUCGUCAGUUGUCGCUGGAAAUCAACAAGGUCUUUCCAAUCUUUUGCUAGCCUCUCUUAUUGCUAAUGUGGAAAUAAGAAACAAUACUGAAUACUUUCGUUGUGAGCUGAAAAAUUCAUGA